UGCACUACAGGGAAGCGUGAGGCAGAGAGAGAGAAAGCAGCUGAGAGGAGAGGAGAAGGAGGCUGAACAAAAGGAAGAGGCACUUGUUAGGUGAUGUGUCAGUGGAACAAAAGAAAGUAAGGCAGAGAUUUGAGAAAAUCCUUACAGCAGACACUUACAGUACCUCUCCUCUUGCAGCAUUUCAAAGAGAAGCAGAGAGUGCGCCCAAAGAGGGGAAACAAAGAAAACGUAGCUGGCAAUGCAUCACUCGGCACAAGUCCUUUUUUUUUUUUUUUAUUGACUUAUGUAUUCAGCAUUGACAACCGACCAGGGGGCUGAAUGAGUCAAGAAGGUGCACCACACAAUCUCAAUCUUGUACAUGCUGAGGCUCAAACACACACCUCAGCCAGCAGCACACACACAGGAGGAACAAUGCAGCUCCAAGCUUCUACAGACACAGAGGAGAAGAAGAUGGAUCCGGUGCAGAAGGCCGUGAUCAACCACACUUUUGGAGUUCCACUGAUCAAGACAAAGCGGCCAGUCAUCUCCUGUAACGUCUGCCAGAUCCGCUUCAACUCAGAGAGCCAGGCAGAAGCCCAUUACAAAGGAAACCGCCAUGCCAGGAGAAUCAAGGGCAUCGAGACCUCUAAGAGUCGCCCUCAGGAGGGGGAUAAGCAUCAUACUGUGCCCCCCACCUCCUCCCCGUCUCUGCCCGGAGUCCCUGGCACUGCCCCAGACAGCGAGCCCAGCAAAGCGGAUGAAACACGGCCUCUGUCACAGUUAAACAGUCCCCUGCUGGUCCCGGGGCCGCUGCUGGCCCCAGGGCCGCUACUGGGCCCGGGACCCCUUCUCCCUCUUACAACCCCGCCUACCCCACCCAUAGACUCCCCCAUCCCCUCGGUGUGCCCCCUUCUGCCCACCCACACUCCUCCCCUGAUCCCCCCUUCCUCAUCCUCCCCAGGCUGCGGCACUGGCAGCGCCAGCUCAGAGCAGCCCGGAUCUGGACCCCUGGUUUCAGGAGCUGCUGGCACCACGGCCUCCAGCCCGGCCAAUCCAGAGACAGAGGAGGACAAGGCCAAGAAGCUGCUAUACUGCUCACUGUGCAAGGUGGCUGUCAAUUCCUUGUCACAGCUGGAGGCCCACAACAAAGGUACCAAACACAAAACUAUCUUAGAGGCACGGAGUGGGCUGGGCCCCAUCAAGGCAUAUCCUCGCCUGGGCCCCAAGCCCAUUGGAGAGCAGGGAGGGGGGCCGGUGGACCCCAACACUCAGGAACGAACCUUCCACUGUGAGAUCUGCAAUGUGCGGGUCAACUCUGAACUGCAACUCAAACAGCAUAUAUCAAGUCGAAGGCACCGGGACGGCAUGGCGGGCAAGCCUAACCCCCUCCUCAGCCGACACAAGAAGCACAGGGGAGCUGAUCUGACGUCUUCUUUGACCUUCUCCAAGGAUCUCACCAAAGCUUUGGGUGCAGGGCUCUUGCCCAGCCCCUUGGCUGUUGCUGCAGCAAUGGCUGCUGCAGCUUCCUCAAACCAUCUGGCUCUCCGUGCAGCAGCUCCUGGGCACCACCCGCACCAUCACCUAUUACAAGGCCCGCCUCUUAGCCACGCCAUCCUGAGACCCGCCCCCGGGCCUAUCCGCACCACCCACGGGCAAAUCCUCUUCUCCCCUUACUGACACAUGACCCUCUGACUUUGGCCAGUCAGGAACAGCCACUCCAAAAGCACACUGUGAAGAUACAAACAUGAUCAACAAACAGCAAUUGAUAGGGGGGAAAUUCCAACCAUUUAAAUAUUGAACUGAGAGAAAAGCAAGGGAAAGGAGCAGCGGAGAGGAGUCAAAGUAUAUGUCUUUCUUCCCUUUACCUAAAACUCUCCCUCCAUUUCAAAGACUUCUGAAUGAUCUGCAGAUGGACUGAGCAGAGGAGAGCUUUUCAUUAUGCAUUGAACUCCCUUUGUACAUCUCUCACCUCCCCUGGUCCCUCUCCCUUGCACUGUGGCCCUGCCAUGGCCGCCUCGAUAGCUACAGAAGAAACACAUGCACACUGUACUAGGAAGAUUAAACCACAUGUAGUGUUACAUAAUUAUUCUGGGCCAGGUUGGUUUUCUCCUGUCAUCACGGCUCAACGUGUUCUACUCAUCCUAUGCACCUCAAAAACCAAGACAAUAAUGUUAUGUCAGUAGGGUAGCUGCUUCAAUCAGUCUUUGCUGUAUGCGCCACAUGUAGCUGUGGCGGCCUCCAUGGUACAGUACACGUCCCCUUCUGCGCUGAAGGCCAGCAACUCUUCAGUUUGUGACAAUAGGUCUUCGCUAUAUACAACAUGACUUAGGUUGACAGGGAGGUCGUAGCCAUCUGAACAUGUCUGAUGGUGGUGGUGGUGGUGGUGGGGAAGUAACUGUGGGGGAUUGCACUCCCCUUUCAUUUCCUGAGACUCUGAGGUGAGAGGAGGGCUGGCACAGGUCAGCGGAUUGACCCCAGGCAGCAUGCAGACACACACACAGGCCAAAACGAAUCUGUGUUUUAAAAUAGACUGCACCAACAAAAAGUUGCUACAGGGCACAUCUGCCAAAGUCUAUAUCAGUCAAAGAAGGGCCUCACUAAAGGGGAACGAGGAUGGGAGAAACAGCAGAAGUCACACAUUGGUACAUACUGUACUGCUGUAUUUGAUACAUGAUCCCUAUCUAUAGCUUAGAUUGUUUUUUUGAUGGCAAUAAUCUGUUCUUUAAAUUACAGUAUUGAGCAAUACUGAAGAGAGCAUAGUUCAUAUGUAUUGUGAGGUGAGAUUUCUUAAGCCAUCAAAAAGAAAGCUGUCAACAUCCUCACAUCGCCGUGGUCUUUAUUCGCAGGCUGAUUCACUGUGUAGGUGGGGAGGUAUGACUUAGGUGCGACCCUGUGUACUGAUGUAUUUAUGUUGUUUCUGCAUGCAGCCUGACAAUAAGAUCCUGCAGGGUCAGGCUUCUGCUUCUGCUUUUGGGUUGAACUCUUCCAUUGCUGCCCAAUCCUCCUCCUCACCUCCCCCAUCUCCAACGGUUCAUAUGAGUCUAUAGCAGAGGGCACAUCGACACUGGAAACCAUAAUGUUCAAAGGGAACAAAUUAAAAAGAGGAAGAUGAAAGCCAAAUACAUUCUUAGAGAAAUUAUCUUGAGCUGGAGUGACAACCAAGCAGGAACAAGACGACCAGCUCAAGGCAUCAACCGAUUCUUCCCGUCUUACAACUGAAAGCCAUGAAACGCACCAAAGACUGGUGAGCACUUAGUUUUGUUUGGUUUGGACUGUUGGUUAACAUUUAUAUCACACAUAGAAAUAGGAAACACAAUAAAAAUAUUUUUGUAGGUAGACAAUGUUAAAAACUGCAUCCAUGAAGUGAUAAGAAGAAGGGUGGAAUUGUUAGAUGGUGGAUUAUAUAAGGGUUGACUAAGACAGACUGACAUACAGUACAAGCAGACCUAUUGACUCAGUGGGGAGCCACAAAAGCUAAGCAAAGCAGACCUUUCUUGCUCGACAGCUUAAUCACCUUUUUCUGAACGAGAUGUACACUGUGCCCUUUCAUUGAGAAGCAAUGAGCUCUAAUGUCUUACCUUUGUCUGAAUAUUGCAAUGCAAUGAGCAAUUUUUAUCAGAGUGACUUGUUAUCAUUGUGACAUGUUGUCUGGAGUCAUGUGUAAACUGGGAGCACGCCAGCUGACAGACUUUUCUGUUCUUUCAUGAGGAGUAAAACCCUUCAAAGGGAUUGAGAGAGGGACAGAGAGAGCCAGAGGUGUAGCUGGGCUUAGGGACCGACCCUUCAUAUUAAAGGGCCUUUUUACUAUGGUAAUCUCUGUUUGGGAAACAGGGUACAAUGCCUGGUAUCAAGGGAUUAAAGCUAGAAUUGUUCAACAGGUUUAUUUCUUUGUUGGACUUACUGAGUUGAAUUGUUUUUUGUUUUUUCGUGUGUGUGAGAAAUGUAUUAAAGUAAAAAUCUUGAGGAA